AUGACUAAAAAAGAAGUAAUUCAGAUUCAUAUUGGUCAAGCAGGAGUACAAAUUGCAAAUGCUUGCUGGGAAUUAUAUUGUUUAGAACAUGGUAUUACACCUGAUGGCAUGUUGGCUUUCUCUGAUGAUACAAACUAUGAAGCAUUUUUUGUUCACAGUGGUGCUGGAAAAGUUGUUCCGAGGGUUGUAAUGAUAGAUUUAGAACCUACACCAAUAGAUGAAAUAAGAACGGGCACAUAUCGACAACUCUUCCGUCCAACUUCCUUAAUUACUGGUAAAGAAGAUGCGGCAAGCAAUUUUGCACGUGGGUACUUCAGUGUAGGCCGAGAGAUGAUAGAUCUCGCUUUGAAUUGUAUAAGAGUAGCAGCGGAAGAAUGUAACUGCCUUCAAGGCUUUAUUAUUUUUCGAGCAUUCGGAGGCGGUACUGGAUCAGGGUUUACAGCACUUUUGCUUGAAGGACUAACGAAAGACUAUGGUAAACUUUCGAAAAUCGAAUUUUCUGUUUAUCCAUCCCCAAAAAUAUCACCCAUAAUUGUGGAACCGUACAAUGCUGUGUUGACUUCUCAUGCAUGUAUGGAUACUGAAGACGUAUGUUUUAUCUUUGAUAAUGAAGCUUUAUAUGAUAUUUUGGCAAGACUUUUAGAUGUUCCACGACCCACAUACACAAAUUUGAACAGACUAAUGGCCCAGGUAGUAUCUUGUAUGACAGCUUCGUUGAGAUUUGAGGGGUCAUUAAACGUUGAAUUAGUUGAAUUUCGAACAAACUUAAUCCCUUAUCCAAGGAUACAUUACCCUUUAGUUACUUUUGCUCCGUUCCUUCCACCUUCAAGAUCAUUACAUGAAACCAUGCAUACUCAACAGUUAAUGAUGUCUUGCUUUGAGCCUUCCAAUCAAAUGAUAAAAUGCGAUCCCAGAAGGGGCAAUUAUAUGUCUUGUUGCUUGCUAUUUAGAGGAGACGUAAAUCCAAAUGAUAUAAAUUUAGCAAUAACUCGAAUUAAAAGCUUAAGGUCUAUAAAAUUUGUAUCUUGGGCUCCAACUGGAUUUAAGAUUGGUAUUAAUUAUCAGCCUCCAACAACAGUUCCUGGUGGAGAUUUAGCAGCUUUACAAAGAGCUGUGUAUACAAGGAUGUUGAUUAUUUCUCAUUUGUGUCGAUGUUCACAACCACUAAGGGUAGCACAAAGUAAGCUAUUGGUGUCAAACACUAGUGUUCACAGUCGACUAGUAUCUAGAAAGCUUAUUACACCUCUUAGGUACAGCAAUAAUAAUGUUGCAUCAAAUAACGGGUUUAAGCUUACAGAUCUGCUCAAAUCAAAUGGCAUCAUCACAAGAUUUUGUUCCUCAACGCCCAAGCCUAAGCAAUCGAAAGCAGUCGGCUACUGGCUCCUCGGGUGCAGUGGAAUGGUGUUUGCUGCAGUAGUACUAGGUGGCGUUACCCGUCUCACAGAGUCAGGUCUGUCGAUGGUCACAUGGAAGCUGUUGGGAGAGAAACUGCCUAGAACAGAUGAGGAAUGGCAACAGGAGUUUGAGAAGUAUCAACAGUUCCCCGAAUACAAAUAUAAGAACAUGAACAUAACACUAAAUGAGUUCAAAUGGAUAUGGUACAUGGAGUACGCGCACCGCACGUGGGGCCGGGCGAUAGGGGCUGCCGUUUUCCUUCCAGCUGCCUGGUUUUGGGCGAGGGGGUAUCUAGAUAAAGCAAUGAAAGUCAGGGUGGGGGUGUUUUGUGCCCUUGUUGCUGCUCAGGGUUUGAUGGGUUGGUACAUGGUGAAAUCAGGUCUCGAAGACCGUUUCCAAGGACCGUCUGAUGUGCCUCGAGUGUCACAGUAUCGUUUAGCGGCACAUCUCAGUCUGGCUUUCAUUUUGUACUCGGGCCUUUUAGCCGGAGCCCUAAGGGUGCUCCGCCCCUUCCCAAUACAAGCUACAUUAAGAAGAGUGAAGGAAUUGAAGGGAGUUACCGCUUUUGCGCACACAGUGAAAGCUAUGGCGUUCUUUACUGCUGUAUCAGGAGCAUUCGUGGCCGGCCUGGACGCGGGGCUGGUCUACAACUCGUUCCCUAAAAUGGGCGAUUAUUGGGUCCCGGACGACAUACUGUCUUUUUCCCCCAAAGUACGCAAUUUCACGGAGAAUCCCACCACAGUGCAGUUCGACCAUAGGAUAUUAGGGACUUCCACUCUGAUAGCAGCGAGUGCAAUGUGGCUGGUAUCCCGCGGGAAGCCGCUGUCGCCGGUCGCGAGGAGGGUCGCCAACGCGGUGGGCGCCAUGGCGUGGUUGCAGGUGGGGCUGGGCAUCCUGACGCUGCUGCACUACGUGCCCACUCCGCUGGGCGCCGCGCACCAGUCCGGCUCGCUGGCGCUGCUCAGCCUCGCCGUCUGGCUCACGCACGAGAUCAAACUGCUUAAAUAUAUACCAAAG